AUGUCGGCAAAACAAUUGUGGUUGCAUCUGGCAGAACAAUAUGGAACUUCAAACAGCAACAAGUUGUAUAACAUGAGAAAGGAACGAAUUGAUGUCCAACAAGGUGACAAUUCUCUAGUAAAUAAUUAUAAUUCGUUGAAAAGAGUGUGGGAUGAAUAUGACCAUUAUCAUCUAAUGCCUGUUUGUAUACCUGCUGUGGCAAGGAUUCUGCAAACUCGUGAUCAGGAAGACAAGUUAAUUGACUUCCAUAUGGGCAUGAAUAAGUCAUACGAAGCCAUCAAGGAUCAAAUACUGUUGAUUGAUCCUCCACCUACGCUACAUCAUGCGUAUGCUAUGGUGUUCAGGGUGGAAAAACAGCUGAAACCUAGUUCAGGAGGAAUGAUGAACUCUGAGAACAGUGCCUUUGCUGCAAGAUCAUACAUGAAUACUGGAGUUGUGAAUCCUGGUUCAAACAGUUUAUAUUGGAUGGGGAACAAUGGAACAAGAGCUGGAACAAAUGUGGUGGACAAUCAAAGUCAUUAUACAGGUGGUUCAAGCAGUAACAUUAGUGGUAAUAGUACUAGUAAUGUCAGCUACAACACUGCAGGAACAGGCUUACUAGCAAAACCUCAGAUGCAACUAGAUAGAAGGAACAUCAGUGGGUCAAAUGCAUCCGGGCUGUUAAACAAGAAGACUAAAGCAGAAAUGUUUUGUGCUCACUAUCAAAGAACUGGUCACAUUAAGGAGGGAUGCUUCCUGAUUACUGGAUAUCCAAAUUGGUUGAAGGAGUUUAAACAGAAGAUGGCUGUAAAUAGUCAGAAAAACUAUGCUCAUGUGGCAGAUGAGGAAACUCCACUAGGAAUGCCAGAUAAGGGAUUGGACUUGAACACUAUGGCUCUCCAAAUCAGUCAGAUUCAGCAAAGCUUUAAUACCUUGAUGAAAGGAAAGGGAGUUCAGAAUGAUCAAGUCAACCAUCAAGUGAAUAUUGCUCACCUCAAUGAGUUUGCAGACCUCAUGACUGAUGAAGUCAUAGGUGUUGGAAUGGUGUACAAAGGACUCUAUGCCCUCACAAAAGACUCAUUUGAUCCCAUCCACAUCAAAUUUUCUAUUCAAGAGUAG